GGUAGGUAGAAGCAGAGAGCAAGACCGUGACCAGCAGUAACAAUAUCGCUCCUCCAUUAUUGCACGGAGCAGAGCAUGCCCAUGGGCAGCAUCCAGCAGCAGUAACAACAAGGGAAGGCACCGCUCCUCCAUUAUUGCCUUGCUCUGCACACUCUGCUCUCAAUUCUUGCUCAGCUUGCUGCGUGCUCCAUCCAAGAUCAAAAUCCAAGCAUGGCGCUCAAGAGGAAGAGUAGAUCCAUCGCCUUCCUCAACCGCCAUUGCUAGCUAGCUCCUGUAACUCACCCUACACCGCUGUCAGGGGAUCUGCCUGGCAUUUCGAGGCCGGAUCUUGCUGGAGGAUUUCAACAGAGGGCGGCCGCCGGCAGACAGCAGCAUUUGGAUUUGGAGGCGGCCGCCCAAGAGUCUGCUCACCUAUGCUUUGCUUCUGCUUGUACUCCUACUCGGGGUUGGGUGCCACCUUUUUGUCAAGCAUUGCUGUCCACACUCAGAUCCAGCGACAUACUCAUCAUUCAAAUAUUAUGAUAACAGAAACUCAAAACAUUUAUGUAUACAUGAAAUCUGCCAAAAAAAGGACAUUAUGAAGAUCAUCUGUCCUUGUUUUCAGCUCACAGGAAAAAAAAAUUAGAGCCACAUACUUAUUUUUAAACAUGGAAAUUAAUGCUCAAUUGUUACCCUAAAAUACUAGACUCUUCAGGAGUGAGCAGAAUAGGAGCAGUGAACAAAGUUGUAAUAGGUUAAACCAUUGAACUCCUAUAUAUCAGUGCAAGCAAGCAGAUGAACAAAUGCCCAGUGCAAUGCUUCAGGUUAACAUAUAUAGAACUAUAUUUCAGCUCAUCGACGACAUCUUCAGGUAAGCCCCAAGUCUCAAACAAAGGUAGGCAUACGGUCCAAUGUAAGAACAGACAUGUGGAAAUAUCAAACAUGAAUUUAAAUCACCUCUCUUUGCCCAGUCCAGUGUAAGAUUAGAAGUGUGGCAAUAACCAAUCUAUAUUGUUUCAGAAGGUACUAGUUACUUCCUCUGUUUGACAAAAAAAAAAGGUAACUAUUUCCCUUUUUACAUGGCGUCCUUGUUUCUGUGUGAUGACCACUCACUUGACUAAUAGUAUACGGGGUGUAACCGAACGAGGCCUAAGCAGCUAUUUUUCCUUGGUGUUGGAGUGGAUGCAUUUCUUUUCCUGUGUAUUUCCUGCGAUAGAGAACAAUUUCCUUUGCUUUUCUAACUUCCAAUCCUUGUGUGUUACAGCACUGCUUCCUAGCUAAAGGAUCCAUACACUGAGAACGAAGAUCCACCGGUUCCACCAUGGAGGUGGUGACCGGUGCCAUGGGAAGCUUGCUCCCCAAGCUCGGCGAGCUGCUCGUGGGUGAGUACAAGCUGCAGAAGGGCGUCAAGGAGGACGUUGAGUCCCUCCAGAGGGAGAUGAAGAGCAUGAACGCUGCCCUCGUCAAGGUGGCGGAGGUGCCAAGGGACCAGCUGGACAACCAGGUCAUCAUCUGGGCUGACGAGCUCAGGGAGCUUUCAUACGACAUGGAGGAUGUUGUCGACAACUUUCUUGUGUACGUCAAGGGAUCUGAAUCCGAUGCUGUCACCGACUCAAACAAGCUCAAAGGGCUAAUGGUGAAGAUGGCCAACUUGUUCACCAAAGGCAAGACUCGCCAUCAGAUCGCCGAUGCCAUGAAGGACAUCAAGAACCGCGCCCAAGAGGUGGCUGACCGGCAUAACAGGUACAGGGUCGACGAUGCAGUUGCCAAUGCAGCUAGCAAACACAAGGUGGACCCUCGUGUGCUGGCUCUGUACAAGAAUCAGAAAGAGCUCGUUGGCAUCGAAGACGCACAGAAUGAGCUAACCAAGAGGCUCACAGAUGGUGAUGGUGAUGGUGAUGGCGAUGUUCCCAAGCAGCAGCCCAAGAUGAAGGUAGUCUCUAUUGUUGGACCUGGAGGGCUUGGCAAGACUACACUUGCUAAGGCAGUGUAUGAUAGGCUUCAAACACAAUUUGAAUACACAGCUUUUGUUCCGAUGGGUCGAAACCCUAGAGUGAAGAAAGUUCUCAGGGAUAUCCUCUUGGAAGUUGGCAAGAGUGAGUGUAUUGGUGAUGUAGCCAUACUGGAUGAAAUACAACUCAUUGACAAACUCCGACGACGACUUGAGAACGCAAGGUACUUAAUUGUCAUUGAUGACAUAUGGGAUUUAGAAGCAUGGAAAAUUAUCAAAUGUGCUUUCAUUGAUAACAAUCAUGGAAGCCGAGUAAUCACAACCACUUGUAUUCUCGAUGUUGCCACAAACACCGGUGAUAUUUACAAGCUAAAACCCCUGUCUCAACAUUUGUCUGAAGUAUUAUUCUAUACAAGAUUGUUUGGUGGUAAAGAUAAAUGCCCUUUUGAUCAACCAGCUGAAGUAUCGGACAAAAUUUUACAGAAAUGUGGAGGUGUGCCAUUAGCUAUAAUUACAAUAGCUAGUUUGUUGGCUGGUAAACCUAUGGAGAACUGGUCUAAAGUAUUCAACUCUAUUGGUUUUGGAUCUGGAGAUAAUAACACAGAUGUAGAGAACACGAGGAAGAUAUUAUCAUUUAGUUAUUAUGAUCUCCCUUGUUAUCUAAGGCCUUGUCUCCUACAUCUGAGCGUAUACCCAGAAGACUAUGUGAUCAUGAAAGACAAAUUGAUAUGGCAGUGGGUAGCCGAAGGUUUCGUCAAUAAGGAACCAGGGGUAAGUUUAUAUGAGACCGGAGAAAGAUAUUUUAAUGAACUCUUAAAUAGAAGCAUGAUCCAGCCGGUAGAGUACCACCAUAGUUACAUAAUAGAUUCUUGUCGUAUUCAUGAUAUGGUGCUGGAUAUGAUUUGUUCAUUAUCAAAGGAGCAAAAUUUUGUUACUAUAUUGGAUAGUAACGAAGAGCACACACCUUCACAAUGCAAUGCCCGCAGGUUAGCUGUCCAAAAAAGAGUUGUGCCUCUGACUAACAUGAACAUGCCCAAACUGAGGUCGUGCUAUGCCACCAUGUGUGAUCCCAAUGCGGUGCCAUCACUUUCAAACUUUCAAGUGCUACGUGUUCUAGCCAUGGAAAAGUGCAGUUUUAAGAGGGACCGUCCUUACCAUCUUGAGUAUCUUGGGAGGUUACCUCAGUUGAGAUACCUGGGUCUGGAGGGCACACAUAUUAGUAAGCUGCCAGAAGAGAUAGGAAAUCUGAAGUUUCUGCAGACACUGGACUUGAAUGACACUAAUAUAGAAGAGUUACCACAGAGUAUUGGUUUGCUAAGAAAACUCAAAUGUCUGCGUGCUGAUGUGUAUGAUGAUGGUAUAAUAACAGUGCCGGAUGGGAUAGGGAACCUGACAUCCUUGGAGGAGCUACAUUUGAGUAUUGUUGAUGAGUCUUAUAUCUUCGUGAAAGAGCUCAGCAAGCUGACAGAGCUGAGGGUGCUCACCUUCACUUGUACUUACACUGCAGGUGUGGAUGAGUGCUGGAAGAAAAGUUUUGUAGAGUCUUUAUGCAAUCUGCAAAAAAUACAAGUCCUACAACAAAACUUUUGCUUCACUGAGGAGAAGAUUGAGACGUUUGAGGAGGUUCCCUGUGACUACUGGGAAGGCUAUAAGCCCUCUCGGCAACUACGUGAUUUGGCCAUAAAGGGCCGUUUCAGCAGAUUGCCGGCGUGGAUUAAUUCCAUGUUUCUUCCGAAUCUCUCCAUCCUAAACAUAGACGUGGAUGAUUUGGGCGAGCAGGACGUGGUGAAUCUUGGGAGUUUGCCAGAGCUUACUGUCCUUGGAGGGAAUUGCGUUCUGGAGGGCAUGGAAUUCCCUAAUGGCACGUUCCCCAAGUUGAGGAGUUGCACAUGCAAGGUGUCUGGGCCAUUCUGGUUUCUGCAAGGAUCUAUGGAGAGCCUUGAAUCCAUUUUUCUUGAAGUGUGUGCCUGGAAGGAUGCCAGCACUGGCUUUGACUUUAUCAGUAGCCUGGGGAACCUCCCUUCGCUUAAGAGAGUGAUCGCUCAGGUCUAUGCUUCUGAUGUUGAAAAGGUGCACGCAGCGGUGAGGCAAGCAAUCAAGACCCAUCCCAAUCGUCCCAUCAGUUAUCUCUUACCAUAUGGUCAAUCUCAGACUGAUGAAGAAGAAUCAGACUCGGAACAGACCAAACGGGAGUUGCUAGCAGCCUCCUCUUUGGAUCAUACUACCACUGUUGAUACGUCUGCGCAGGUAAUCGACAACAGCAACGACAAGGAAGAAGAAUCAGACUCCAACCAUCCCGUCCCUCAUCUGACAGAGAGCAGCAUUGACGCCGCCAGUACAUCUCCUCCGGUGCGCGUGCAGUGACGGACGUGGAGGCAGUGGGUGUGCCUCCCUUGCCUGAACUUGGGCAGCAGCAGUGCCGCUGCACCUGCCACGGCAGGUUCAAACCAGUUUGGAGCUUCAGGACAGGGGACGGAUCAGGCAGCAGAGGAUGAUAAAGCCCAGCCCUGAAUGAUAGUGUUGCUCUGCUGAAUGGCCGGUUAAACUGCAGUACUACUUCUGUUAGACAUGUUAUUAAAACUGCUUAUAAUUCCUACUACUUGGUUUGUAAUGAUAGGAUAGCAUGGUGCGCCAGGUUUUUUGCCCAGUAGUCUAUGUCUAUGGUCAUGAACAUGAUCAUGAUCAGGCAAGGACAGCGGGUUUUCCUUGGCUUUGCUACAAUCCUCUUUUUUUUCCUAGUUUGUUAAGACAUGUUCUCUCUAUAGUGUUCUAGGUGCUGAAAAGUGUGCUGUGCCCAAUCCUAUUUUCCAUUUCCUUGUUAAGAACAUACUUCUUCUUUCAGUUUUGUAUUUUUAUGAAAAAGAAGAAGAAAAAUGUAGGAGAGGCUCUCUCUGACAGUAUAAAUCA